AUGGCUCCUCAUGAAACUGAAAUUUUAGACUCCAAGGUUCCUGACAUGCCAGAUGUAUCAAAGGGUCCAAGGUUGUAUACUGACAUGAUACGCCCAGACGACGUCUGUGACUUAGUACUUCGUCCUAACUUCAACGACAUUAUCAUCGCAGCUUUGGCUGACGGCGCUCCUUUCACAGGAGAUCCCAAAUACAAGCUCACAUCGAAGUCCACCGUAAGUGGGUCUAAGUUCUUGUUUGCCAACAUCACAGCGAGAUGGAUUGACGAUUUCAACGAAUUGCUUCCAAAUCUUCAGCCUAUACCCGAGCAGAAGAUGCUGGCUUCGUUCAUGACCGAGACCAAGAGACUAGUGUUGGAUAAAAAGUUCACUCCAGAGGUGAUCUCAUCCUCUGGUGAUUUACAGAUAUUUAUUGAAGCAGUGAAGCUGGAUGUUGGUUUAGAAAGUACAGUGGAAUACCUUCUCUCUCAGCCCCUGGUGAUAUCGAAUAUCUCCAAGUACGCACUCAUCAUGGACUACUUGACUCAUAAUGUGGGUUCGUUGAGCCGACAGAAUCUUCCUGACUUUGUUGAUUAUCUUAUAAGAGACGCUGAAAGUUGUGCUACUUCUGAAAAAGCAUCCAUAAUAGACCUGUUUGUUACAGAUUCAGUGCUAACCUUGUUCCCGGAUGUCAUCAAGGAAUUGUCCCCUUCUGCAGUGAAUAGUCUAGCAGGAUUUGCGUUACAUGACCAUAACACUGAAGCUGCUAAACUGUUUUUUAAAAGUUUGAUAGAUACACAUAAAAUGGCUCCCCUGAAGGAGACAUUCAAGCACUUCAUAUCCAUUUAUUCAUCAAUUGCCAGGCAAAAGGAGAAGAACAAAGAGAGAAUAUUGAAGGAUCUCACAUGCUUGAAGCCAAUAAUGUUCCACUAUGGUCUUGACGCCAAUUCAUUCGAAUUGCUCUUGUCACGAGUUAUUGACAAUUCCUACGAUUUGGCCCAAUUUGUUCGCUUGGCGCUGCUAUCCCCCGAGCUUCUCGGUGAUUACGCCGAGCACAUUUUACUCCGCUUACACCACAUUCACAAACAAAGUGGCCAGUCUCAAAUUGCAAAAGCUGUUGAAACGACACAGUUUGUGAGGCUUUUGUUGCACGACUACGGUGUAAAAUUAGAUAGUAGAUUGAGAUCGGUCUUGCAAAUGAUUUGCGAUGAGCAAAAAAUUUCGAUUGACGACAUGAAGUUGACAAAGGCAUCCACAUAG